GGGAGCGGCCAGCUCCGGAGUCCUGUCGGCCUGGCCCCCGCACCGCGCCAUGGGCUCUGGCGGCGCCGCGCUGCUGCCGCUGCUCCUCGCUCUGGGCUUUCGUCAUGACUGCUGUGAAGCUUACAAUGUUGGGCUCCUAGAAGCAAAGAUAUUUUCUGGCCCAUCAAGAGAGCAGUUUGGAUAUGCAGUCCAGCAGUUUGUCAAUGAACAAGGCAAAUGGUUGUUGGUUGGCUCACCCUGGAGUGGCUAUCCUGCUAACAGAACUGGAGAUGUCUAUGCAUGUCCUGUUGGUACAUCCAAAACCACAUGUGAAAAACUGAAUUUACAAGCUUUAAUAAAUAUUCCAAAUGUGACUGAGGUAAAGGAGAGCAUGAACCUUGGCUUGACUCUGAUACAGAACUCAAAAACAGGAGGAUUUCUGACUUGUGGUCCUUUGUGGGCACAGCAGUGUGGAAGCCAAUACUAUGCAACAGGAAUCUGUUCUGAAAUCAGUCCAAGUUUCCAGUACCUAAGAAGCUUCUCUCCUGCUGUUCAAAGGUGUUCCUCUGUCGUAGAUGUUGUGGUGGUCUGUGAUGAGUCAAACAGCAUUUAUCCCUGGGAUGCAGUCCGUGCGUUCCUGAAGAAGUUUGUACAAGGCUUAGAUAUAGGCUUCAACAAAACCCAGGUGGGUUUGAUCCAGUAUGCUAACGAUCCCCGUGUGGUGUUCAACUUGAAUACAUAUCAAACAAAGGAUGAGGUUGUGAAAGCAAUGGAGGGAACCUAUCAGAAGGGAGGAGAUCUCACCAAUACUUUCAAAGCCAUUGACAAUGCAAGGCAGUAUGCCUUCUCCCCUGAGUCGGGGGGACGCCCGACGGCCACGAAGGUGAUGGUGGUUGUGACAGAUGGGGAGUCACACGAUGGCUCCAACCUGAAGGCAGUGAUAGGGAAGUGCAACCAAGACAACAUAACCAGAUUUGGCAUUGCUGUUUUGGGAUACUUGAUCAGGAAUGAACUUGAUACUAAGAACUUAAUUAAAGAAAUCAAAGGGAUUGCCAGCCACCCAACAGAAAAGUAUUUCUUCAAUGUGUCAUCUGAGGCUGCCCUGCUGGAAGAGGCAGGAACACUUGGAGAGCGCAUUUUUAGCAUAGAAGGUACAGAUCAAGGUAACACCUUCCAGAUGGAGAUGUCACAGGUGGGAUUCAGUGCAUCUUACUCACAGAAAAGGGAUGUUCUGCUGCUGGGUGCUGUUGGUGCCUAUGACUGGAGUGGAACAGUAGUUCAGAAGACUUCAGACAGAUUCCUCACCUUUCCCAGCCAUGUGUUUGAGAAGAUUCUAAAGGACAGAAAUCAUAGUUCUUACCUAGGUUAUUCUGUUGCUGUUCUCUCGACUCAGAGCUCUGUUUAUUUUGUUGCUGGUGCACCACGAUCCAACUACACUGGCAGAGUAGUGGUUUAUGAUGUGGAUGGUGGUGGCAACGUUGCAGUUGUGCAGUCCCAAAGAGGCGAGCAGAUUGGCUCCUACUUUGGCAGCGUCGUGUGCUCGGUGGAUGUCGACAGGGAUUCUGUGACAGAUGUGCUGCUCGUGGGUGCACCAAUGUUUAUGAACGACCUGAAGAAAGAGGAAGGCAGAGUGUACAUGUUCUCCAUAACAAAGGGAAUUUUGAAUCAACAACAGCUCCUGGAAGGUCCACAGGGGUCAGAGAACGCGCGGUUUGGAUCAGCGAUCGGAACGCUUGCAGACAUUGAUUUGGAUGGCUUCAAUGAUGUUGUAAUAGGUGCACCGCUGGAAAACCAGAACUCUGGAGCAGUUUACAUCUACAAUGGGUUUCAAAAGACUAUACUUAACAAAUAUUCUCAGAAAAUUUUAGGCUCAGACCCUGCUUUUGGACGACGUCUCCAGUUCUUUGGCAGAGCAGUAGAUGGCCAUCGGGACUUGGACGGUGAUGACAUUACUGACCUGGCAGUGGGUGCCGACGGAAGUGUGGUGCUGCUAUGGUCACAGGGCGUUGCAAAUGUGUCCAUAAUGGCCUCAUUUAAACCGGAGAAAAUCAGUCUGGUGAACAAGAACACGGAUGUAACUGUCAAGAUAUGUUUUCAGGCUACAUUUAGACCUGCUAAGAGAAAUAAUCAAGUGGCUAUAAAGUACAAUGCGACGCUGGAUGCAGAUCUGCAGUCUUCCAGAGUCACUUCUAGAGCAUUCUUCAAAGAGAACAAUGACAGGUACAUGCAGAGGCAUCUCGUGGUACGGCAGGAGGAGAGCUGUGUUCAGGAUGUCUUCAGCGUUCAGGAACCUUCUGAUGCAGUGAAUUCACUCAGUCUGCGUGUUGACAUUGGCCUUGCAAAUCCUGGCUACAGCCCUGUGCUCGAUAUAUAUUCUCCUGCAUCUGUGGCCUACAGUAUUCCCUUUGUUAAGGACUGUGGUGAAGAUGAGCUUUGUAUCUCUGAUCUGGUUCUGAAUGUCCAGAGGAAAGCAGAUGAUGGCAAGCAGCAGUUUGUUGUCAGCAGCAAGACCAGAAGACUGACUUUCAGUGUGAAAUUGAGAAAUAAAAAGGAAAAUGCCUACAACACCAGGGUUCAGGCUACCUUUUCAGACAACCUGUUUUUCGCUUCGUCGUCUUUGCCGAGUGAUGGGACUGAAGUCUCCUGUCAGACAGGAACAGCAAAAAGUACAGUCAUUUGUCAAAUAAGCUACCCUGUUUUCAGAAGAGGACAACAGGUAUCCUUUGAUAUUAGUUUUGAUUUCAACCUAAAAAACCUUCAGAAUGUGGCAGAUCUAAGUUUUCGUGCAUUGAGUGAAAGUAAGGAGGAGCACGAACUGGACAACCAAGUCAGCUUAUCAAUUCCCUUGCGGUACGAUGCAGAGCUUCACUUCACAAGGCUUGCUAGUGUCAACUUCUAUGAAGUCUACUCUGGUCAUAACAUUCCUUCCACUGUGAAUGAUUUGGAAGAUAUUGGCCCCACAUUCAACUUCUCAGUUAAGGUAACUACAGGAAUUAUUCCAGUAAAGAUGGCAUCUGUAAAUAUCUAUCUUCCAGAACUGACCAGCAAAGAUAACCCACUGAUGUACCUCACUGAAGUCACCACAGAUCAGGCCAGAGGUGUUACUUGUCAAGCUCAGAUAAAUCCACUGAAAAUAGGCCAAAGACCUUAUUCUGCCUCUUUCACGAAGGAGAACUUCAGAGCCUCCAAAGAACUGAACUGUGAGAAUGUGAAGUGCAGCACCAUCACCUGCAAACUGGAAGAUGUUACCCUGAGGGCAGAGUACUUUGUGAACGUGUCCACCCGAAUCUGGAAUGGAACCUUUGAUGCUGGAACUUUCCAGACACUACAGCUCUCUGCAAAGGCAAAGAUUGAUACACAUAACCCUGAGUUAUUUGUGGUUGGAGAGGAUACCCUAACUAUCCCAGUUACCAUCAUGAAGCCAGAUGAGAAAGCUGAGGUACCAGUUGGCGUUGUGAUUGGCAGUAUAUUGGCUGGACUCCUCCUGCUGUUAGCACUGGUUGCUGUUUUGUGGAAACUUGGCUUCUUCAAGAGACAGUAUGAGAAGAUGACGCAGGACAUCGAAGACGUCGAUGAAGUUACAGAGCUCACAAAGGACAAAGACUGAGGACGAUGAGUUACGUGGAUGAGGAGAGAUCUGAGCCACCAACAGCAGUUGCGAUCCAGUGGUUCCUUCAGCUGGAGUGCCUUACAGCUUAGUAACAUUUAUACCUUUUUAAUUGAAGUGUCUUGUUAUAGAUGAAAAUGUUUUAUAGUUUCUACUCUAUUAUAAGAGUAACUGCAGGACAGUUUGGGGUUUGUUUUGUGUUUUUGUUUGUUUUCAGAGAUGAUUUAUAGUGCCUUUUCUUGUAAAGUUUUGCCUUUCAAACAAACUUAGCCCUUAGAACUGGCAGGUCCGGAGUUUACAGUAACAUAUUGUGCCAGCAGCCCCUCUCCUGAUGCACUGCAGAGUGAAACAGAGCAAUUUAUUUCAGAUUAUUGUGGAAAAGCAUCAGUCGGUAAUUCAGUUGACAAGUACCAUAUGUCUAAAGGACAUUUUCUAUUAAGUUGAUGAUGAAUGUGUGGUGAAUAUUGCUUCCAGACUGGGACAAGGGGGGAAAAAAAAGCUAAUAGUUUUUUUUUUUCUUGACUAGCUCCAUCCUUAUUGUUUUAGAGAAAUGAUUUGCACCAGCAAACCUCUGUCCUAACUAAGCUAUAGGAGCUGCAUGUGAAGAUAAUCUGGGUGCAGCAGCAUGACUGGAUGGGCAAACUGCUCGAAAAGUUCACCCUACUCCUUGCACUAAGGUCACAGCUAAAUUACUGAAGUAUGUUGUUUGGGGGAAACACUGCCAAAUGCUUUGUCUGAAGUACCUUCUGCACACUUCCUCUCUGAGAAGAAAAUGCUAAUUUCAUAAUCACACCAGGCUCUCUGGUGUCAGAUUUCAGAACGAGAAGCACUACCACUGCUGCUACAGCAGGCUUUAUGCUCGCAGGCCUUGUGACAUCAGUCUAGCUUUUGACAGAAAUGGGGGAGACAGUCAGGAACUUGCCUGUAAUUCUGUACUGAGCAAUUUUGCAAGGCUGAGAUCAUGAAGUGAACUAAAGGGGAUACCCACCAAGGAAGUGUGCAUGCUAGGACAGAGGACAGUGAAGAUGUAGGCUCUGUAAACUGUUUACUGUACUUGUUGUUUAGCAUCUCAGUGCCCUCCGGGAGACCAUAGUUGAGUAUGAGCUCCUUACCUGUCAUGUUUCAUUUGGUCCCACAUGUUCAUGUCCUGUCAAAGCUAAAUUGUGUUCUCUACAGCAAAGUACUGCAGCAGAAGGGGCUCUGAGCAUGCUCAGGUGACUCGGUGUUGGUUACACACCUCAAGUUUAUCCAUGCUGUUACACCACCUGGUUUUAAUGAAACCUCACUUUGAACCAGGUCUGUGCUGCCAGGCUGGUGGCAGUGAGGGGAAUUAGCCUUUGUCUCUUCAGGCUGGCAGCUACGCUUGUAAGCAAUUGUGUGUUGUCCUUAUAUAUGCUGCCAUGCAAGUGAGACUGCUCCCAGCUCAAGGUGAUCUCUCUGAGGAGUGAAACAUUAAAAUGUGCCUUAUUCGUUUGAGGCCA